UUUUCACAUCCCUAAUCCAUAAUUUUGUAAUUGGAAUUACGGGCUGCGCAACUAGCGACACAAUCCCACAAUGGAUUCCUCCACCAGUCUGGCGGACAAGUUGGCGUCCAAAGCAGCUAGCAGCAACUCACUAGACAGCAGCUCCAAGUCCAGUUCUCUGGGCUCCAAGCACGGUAGCGGGGAGAACGGUGCUCUGCGGGACACGCCCUUCGGUUACCUGGACGGCGAGGAGGACCAAGACCAGAAGAACGACGUGACCUACGUGUGUCCCUACCGCGGGCCCGUGUUCGGGGCUCUUACCAUUACUAACUACCGUCUUUACUUCCGGUCGCUUCCUCUGCGGGAUCAGGAGCCACCAGUGGUCGUCGACGUGCCACUCGGCGUUAUUGCUCGCGUGGAGAAGAUAGGCGGUGCCACGUCGCGGGGCGAAAACUCCUAUGGCAUCGAAAUCUUCUGCAAGGACAUGCGUAACCUGCGCUUCGCCCACAAGCAGCAGAAUCACUCGCGCAGGACGGUGUUCGAGAAACUGCAGGCCAACGCUUUUCCACUCUCGUACAGUGGACGCCUCUUUGCCUUCGCCCAUGCGGCGGCAAACUCGGUUAACGGAAACGGCGGAUGGGACGGAUGGAUGGUGUAUGAACCGCUGGCAGAGCUACGGCGAUUGGGCGUUCCCAACGACAUGUGGCGGGCUACCAAGCUGAACGAGUCUUAUGCCAUUUGCGACAGCUAUCCGGCCGUGUGGGCUGUCCCUAAGGCGGCUUCCGAUGAUUUUCUGAGGCGAGUGGCAACAUUCCGCUCUCGUUGCCGCCUGCCGGUGCUGUCCUGGAUGAAUCCUCGGACCCAGGCGACCAUCACUCGGUGCUCCCAGCCCCUGGUGGGCGUGAGUGGCAAGCGAAAUUCGGACGAUGAGGCAUACCUCAGUUUUAUCAUGGAGGCGAACGCACAGUCGGACAAGUUGACUAUCAUGGACGCGCGGCCAAGCGCCAAUGCUAUUGCCAACAAGGCUAAGGGUGGGGGUUACGAGUCGGAGGACGCUUACAAGAACGUGGAAAUCAACUUCCUCGACAUCCACAACAUCCACGUGAUGCGGGAGAGCCUACGCAAGGUUAAGGAGGCCUGCUUUCCCACAACCGACGACUCGAAGUGGCAGACGGCUAUCGACAGCACUCUGUGGCUGAAGCACAUCCGGUGCAUCCUGGCCGGCGCCGUCAGAAUUGUGGACAAGGUGGAGACCAUGAGCACAUCCGUGGUGGUUCACUGCUCUGACGGCUGGGAUCGCACAGCACAGCUGACGGCCCUUUCGAUGCUGCUGCUCGAUCCCCACUAUCGUACUGUGCGCGGCUUCGAGGUGCUUAUCGAGAAGGAAUGGCUUUCUUUUGGACACAAGUUCCAGCAAAGGGUUGGUCACGGCGACAACAAACACUCGGAUGCAGAUAGAUCACCAGUUUUUUUGCAAUUCAUCGACAGCGUGUGGCAGGUUAGCCAGCAAUUUAACAACGCAUUUGAGUUUAAUGAGCAUUUCCUAAUAACCAUCGUGGAUCACCUGUACUCGUGCCGUUUCGGAACCUUCCUCUGUAACACUGAAGCCGAGCGUGUGACCGAAGAUCUGAAACAUAAGACCACAUCCCUGUGGACGCAUAUAAAUUCUUCGUUGGACCAGUAUUUAAAUCCCUUAUUCCCUUCGUUCACGCACGGGGCUGAGCUGGUGCUUCGCCCCAUAGCUAGCGUGCGGUCUGUCCGCCUAUGGAAGGGUUUAUACUGUCGCUGGAAUCCUGGUCUAUGCGCCCCACAGCAUGGUUGUCAGCGAACCCGCGAGCUGCUCUCCAAGCAGGAUCAGCUCUUCAAACUUGUCAAUGAGCUGCGCCUUAAGUCCAACAACCGCAGUAAUAGCAUGCAGACAACUACCAGACUGGCCUCGCCUAUGCACUAAUAGUAUUCCUUUUUUAAUUUCCCCUACAUGUAAGCAUAAGUAAUCUUAUUACGAACUAUUGCCCAAUUCCAAAUGCAACAAUGGAUUUUUAAAUUAGAAAACAAGUCGGUAACACAAUAUGUUAAUUCCCUAUUGAGUUUUAGUUUUUCAAUUACCGAACUAAUUAAAAACAAAGUUAUGUGUAA